AUGUGUGGCAACUACUACGGCUGUGGCUACGGUUCUGGAUAUGGCUGUGGCUAUGGUUCCAGAUAUGGCUGUGGCUACGGUUCUGGCUAUGGCUGUGGUUAUGGUUCUGGAUAUGGCUGUGGCUACGGUUCUGGCUAUGGCUGUGGUUAUGGUUCUGGAUAUGGCUGUGGCUACGGUUCUGGAUAUGGCUGUGGCUAUGGCUCCAGAUAUGGCUGUGGCUAUGGUUCCGGAUAUGGCUGUGGCUAUGGAUCUGGAUAUGGCUGUGGCUAUGGAUCUGGAUAUGGCUGUGGCUACGGAUCUGGAUAUGGCUGUGGCUACGGAUCUGGAUAUGGCUCUUCCUGCUAUAGCUACAGGCCAUUUGUCUACAGGAGUUGCUAUUCUUCUUGCUGCUAG